AUGGGACGACGGGGUUUCAAAAUCAUGACGUGGUCGACAGUUCGACGAAAAUUGAAUAAUGCGGUCGUACGAGGACUUAUUGACAAGACACACACCGUUGAGGUAGUUCAGUUCCUCAAUCCCGAUCAGAACGAGUGGUCUGCGGGUUUCUCAAAAACUGAGAUCUUACUGAGUAAUCUGGAAGUUUCGAUAGAGUUCGUAGACAGCACGUAA